AUGGAUUUAGAGUUGAUGCGAAGUCAUAAUGUGUCUAUAUCAGGCAGAGGCGCAGCGUAUGCCUGUUCAGAGGGUGAAGGCAACGCACCCAAGUCAUGUUGUGGCCGGCCGCCUCUACGGCUGUGUGUGCUGUUCCUCGGCGUGGUAGGAGCCUGCUUGGUCGCCGCUGGAGCGGUCCUCGGUGCUCUCAGGCCUCAUCCAAGAGCCCCACUCACUUUACUUCUACUCAUGAUAGGUAUAGGAGUAGUCUUAGUGACGGCGGCUGGACUAGCGUGGAGACUAGGUGCACGAGACGCUCCUUGUGCGUUGCUAGGGCUGCGCCGCGCCUCAUGCCGGCGGCUCGUGCCUCGCCUGCCUCCGAGCUACGCACGACCACAUCACCCUUACGCAGCCAUGCUUUAUCCAGAGUUCCACUACAGGCCGCCACCUCCCACCUAUCAAGCCUCAAUGCAAGAAUACAGACUCAGUAACGAGGCUUGGUGUCCUAGAAGGCCAAAUAGAAGAAACUUUGAGGGCAGUCCUAGCUCCGCUAUAAGACCUGUAAGCUGUCAGGCCUCAAUGCAAGAAUAUAGAUUUAGGUUACUUCUGUUAGACAGAAGUGCGCCCGCCGUGUCGCCUCCACCAACAUACAGAUCAAAUUCAGCCAGUCUAGUCAGCAGAGGAUCAACUGGCGCAGCGUGGUGCGGCUCUGAGUACAGCGGGCCGCCAUCGUACCGCGCCCCCCGCGCAGACCCGCCUGUCACCGUCACCGACAACCUGCCCACCAUCACCCCCAUAGACCUCAAAUACGUUGACAACACCAUCGAAGCAUUACCCAAACCCGAACAAGAGAAAGAUCCCGACGAACAUCUCGUCACUAUAGUACACACAGACUCGCAGCCCGUCAUAGUAACCGUGUCUGGGUCCCCCGCACUCAAUGACACACACACACAACCGCCUUCAGAAAUCGACAUACUAGCACACUUAUAACGCAUCAAGCAUUAGCCAAUACACGAACUUUACGUUCUAGUAGGAAUAAACUAGACAAACCCGAUCUGAGUGCGGCUGCACUGACAUUCCUGAUUGGGAGUUGUGUGCGAGCGACCCGAAGGCUUGUGAUUGUAGCAACGAUUGACGUGAUCGAAACGAUGUACCUACUAGUGGACAGAAAGUAAGCGAAAAGUGAUUUAAUAUAGAAGUGAAACUGUUGAUUAUUAUGAACAAUAAUUAGCAAAUGAACUUAUAUUAUUAGCUAUUAUAUUCGAGGCAAGAUAAUUUUGUUUUGAAUGAAUAUAAAAGAACUUGCAUUUCACAUUACGUUCUCAUCUAGCUGCACUAGAUAAUGAAAAGUAGACGAUUUCAUUUAAAUAAUUUAUUCUCGAGAUAAAUGCUUCAUUAUACCUACUGUAUAAAGAUAAAGUUUUAGUGCUCAUUCAAAACAAAAUUGUGGUUUUUAUGUUUGUGUAUAACUCUUGUUUUAAAAUGUAAUGGUUUGAAGUACCUUAUUUUAUUAUAAUAAGUAUUGUGUAAAUAUUUAAAAGCACUGACGUAUUUUUCGUUUGAAUAGUGUUAUAUUUAACAAAAUAUGUGCCGUGUAUAUACAAUUGAUACAAAUUAUAUUAGGAUUAAAUAUGAAUACAGACGUAGUUGAUGCAACGAUCGAUUUAUUGUUGAAACCAAAUCCUUCACCGAGAUGUACAACUAAGGACAUUGUUAUUCAUGUAGUGCCAAUGGUUGUUUAUUAGUUUUUGUUGUAAAUAGAUAUACAUAACUGUAAUAUUAUUCUGUUCUAUAAAUGUUUGCUUGACAACUAACAUAUUUAAACACGAAGCAGAUAUUAACUUUCUAGCUGCCGUCUAAAAUCUAGGUUCAUUAUCAUGUGACGUCAUUAAAACCUACUUUGACGUGUCCUGUAUAGCUUUCUAUGCACAAUAACUGUUCAGAACAAUACGCCAGUUCUAUUGUUAUAGCUCUGCAUGAAACCUACCCAUACAAUUAUGUAGGUGUCCUAUAAACUCAUUUCAGCUGCAAUUACCCUACAAUUUUAUAACUUCCUUAGUUU